AUGAACCAAAUACGCGCCAUCCAGGCGCUCAACAAGCGCGAGAUCGAGAAUGGCGUGUCGCCCGACGCAUCAUGGCACAUCGACUACCGCGACACGGCUUUUGUCUACUUUGGCGGCCUGCCCUACGAGCUGUCCGAGGGCGACGUCAUCACCAUCUUCAGCCAGUUCGGCGAGCCCGUAUUCCUCAAGCUGGCUCGCGACAAAGAGACAGGAAAGUCGAAAGGGUUCGGGUGGCUCAAGUACGAGGACCAGCGCAGCACAGACCUGGCCGUCGACAACCUGGGCGGGGCCGAGAUCGCCGGGCGGCUGGUGCGCGUCGACCACGCGCGCUACAAGCUCCGCGAUGACGAGGAUCCCGAAGAAGGCAGGGUAGGCUGGGAGGACAUUAUGCGGCGCGAGCGGGCCGAGAAGGGCCAACAGGCGUCAAGCGGGGGGGAGAGCGGCGAGGAAGACACAGACGACGACAAGCGGGAGAGCAAGCGACCACUUCUGAAGGAGGAGAGAGAGCUCCAGCUGCUGAUCCAGAGCCACGACGACGACGACCCUAUGAAGCAAUUCCUCAUUGACGAGAAGAAGAAGGAGGUCGAGGAUGCGCUUCGGAAGGAGAAGAAGAGGUCCGAAAGACAUAGUAGCAGCAGGCACAAAGAUGGUAGUAGAUCGCACCACCAUCGAUCACACCACCGAUCAAGAAGAGACGACCGUGACGAUGGCGAUAGGGGCGCCGACCAUGGGCGCGACAGACACAGAGACAAAGAUAGGCGCGAC